GGAGUGUAGUUCUCACAGGCUGUACUCCUUCCCCAGUCUCAAGGACUGACAGUCUCCUUCAUUGCUUUCCUCACCAAACAACAACAACAAAAGUUGUGAUGCUUUUCUUCACCCAGUGCUUUGGGGCUGUAUUAGAUCUUAUUCACCUUAGGUUUCAACAUUACAAGGCUAAGAGGGUUUUUUCAGCGGCUGGGCAACUUGUCUGUGUUGUAAACCCAACACACAGCCUAAAGUAUGUAUCAAACAGGCAUGCAGUCGGUCAGACCUCCACGGAGCAAGGCAGCCUUCAUUCCCACCAUCCCCUCGAGACAGUGCACGACCCGCAACUGAUUCCUUGCAUGUGCCCUCUGUUUUCUUGUCAAUGGGAAGGCCAUGUAGAAGUGGUGGUUUCACAUCUGAGACAGACGCACCGGAUCAACAUCCUUCAUGGGGCAGAGAUUGUUUUCCUGGCCACAGACAUGCACCUCCCUGCACCAACAGAUUGGAUAAUAAUGCAUUCUUGCCUGGGUCACCAUUUUUUGCUUGUGCUCAGGAAGCAGGAGAAAUAUGAAGGCCACCCCCAGUUCUUUGCCACCAUGAUGCUGAUUGGCACCCCCACACAAGCCGAGAACUUCACCUACAGGCUUGAGCUCAACAGGAAUCAGAGGCGCCUGAAGUGGGAAGCUACCCCGAGAUCGGUACUGGAGUGCGUGGACUCUGUCAUAUCAGACGGCGAUUGCCUUGUCCUUAACACCUCACUGGCCCAGCUCUUCUCUGAUAAUGGAAGCCUGGCUAUAGGAAUUGCAAUAACUGCGAGCAAAGUUCAUGCUGCUGAAGCAGAAAUGUAAAGAAGACACUGUGCUUCAGCAGCUUGAGAAAGCCAGAACUCAUGGACUUUUUGGGGGGUCUCAGGUCUUUUGUGGUCUUUCGUACUUGUCCACAGUGGGCAUUAUGUAAACAUCCAGUGAUUAAGGCCUUUGUGUAAUGUAUUUGCUGUUUUGUUAAUACAAUUUUACGACACAUUUCAACGGUGAUCAUCAAGUUGUUGUCUCCAUGAAAAUAGCCACUGAAUCUCUUGAGCAGAGACUGCCGGCAUGGAAAGAACCAGCAGGGUGACUUGUAGAAUCCUUGGUUUGGAUACACUAUACAGAUACUUUUCCUUCAGUGUCUGCCUAAAAACCAAGUACGAAUGAAGCUCUCUGUUCCUGGUAGUAAGGUGAAAUAUUUGCUAUGGGACAGAGGCUCCUGCUUGGCCCAUUUGUGGGUGUCACUCAUUAGCAACUCCAUAGGAACUGGGGGGACUGCAAUUAGUUUGCUUAAAAUGGAGCAAGUUGCAGCUGUCCAAAGCUUUAAGGCACUAUGCAAGAAGAUGGCAAUACUCCAUCAGACCUCAGCAGACGGUCUGCAUAGAACAUUGUAUCAUAUGACCCACCACCUCUAGGAGCCACUAUCACUAUUUAAAGGCAAGGGGAAAUCACAGACCCAAUAUCAAAUGGCAGAUCAUAUUUAUCCCAGAGUUACUGUUUAUUAACAACAAUAACAACCAUUAUCAUUUAACAUGGAUAAUGAGGUGGAGACUAAAGCCCACAAACAAGUUGGGCCACAUUGUGCUAAGCACUAUACAAACAUAUAAUAAAUGGUACUCCUUUCCCCCAAAAGCCCAUAGUCUAAGGCAUGUCGACACUGCAGUUGGGAGCUUGCCCCCCAGCCUGGAUAAACAGACACACGCUAUGAUCGCUCAAGCUAGCACACUAAAAAUAGUAGUGUGGACAUUGUGGCAAAGGUGGUGAUGUGUGUUAGCCACCUCAGU